GUGCAGUGCUGCUAAAACUCAGGAAAGCUAGUUUGAGUCAGACUGAGAGCGACAGAGAUUUGCCUUACCCGAGCAAUGUUGAAUGUCAUGACAUUAUGUUAUUAGUGAACGUAAGAGACUGGAAGAGGGACUGUUCUGUUAAAUGUGAAGGACAUCAUCGACGUCUAAGCAGCACAGUUUAUCCUGAACAUUAAUGCGAUACAGUUACCACAGCCACAACAAUGCACUUGUCCUUAGUUUGCCGCGCCAAGGUAGCCUACUGUUAUUCCACUGUUAGCUGUUUGCAAAGUGUGUGUGCACCAAAUGUGAACCAAAUGAAGGCCAGAUGUUGCUUAGUCAUGGGCCAAAGAGUAGGUAGGAGGGAUUUUAGGAGCACAUCCUAUUGGCUACUGGAGGAUGAUGUUAAACUGUAGAAAAACUGCAGUAGUGGAUUCAGUAUAGUUUAGUUAAAACUCGAGGAAGAUAGCUAUGGCAACUCAAGACAAGCCUGUUCUUCAUGGAUACUUCAGAAGUUCCUGCUCCUGGAGGGUUCGCAUUGCUUUUGCUCUAAAAGGCAUUGAAUAUGACCAGGUUCCAGUCCAUCUGAUCAAAGAUGGGGGUCAGCAGCAUACUGAACAGUACAAGACAUUAAACCCCAUGCAACAAGUGCCUGCAGUUGAAAUUGAUGGCAUCACCCUUUCUCAGUCACUGGCAGUGAUCCAGUACAUCGAUGAGACCAGGCCAGGGCCUCCACUUCUCCCUGCAGACCCAAAGAAACGUGCCCAGGUCCGGAUGAUAAGUGACAUCAUUGCCUCCGGUAUUCAGCCUCUGCAGAAUUUGCACGUGAUUCAGAAGAUGGGAACAGAAAAGGUUCAGUGGGCCCAGCACUUCAUUGAUCGAGGCUUUCAAGCUCUUGAGCCCCUUCUGAAGCAAACAGCAGGAAAAUAUUGUGUAGGUGACGAGAUAUCCAUGGCAGACAUCUGUCUGGUCCCACAGGUCUACAAUGCAGAGAGGUUCAAAGUGGAUGUCGAGCAGUAUCCAACUAUCAAAAGGUUGAAUGAAACCUUACUUCAGAUUGAAGCUUUCAGAGUGAGCGACCCGUCCUGCCAGCCGGACACACCCGAGGACCUGCGAGCAUAGAACAACUCAGCAGCUUAAAACGACUUUGUAAUAGUCAUUUGUAAAAAAUAAAGAUGCUUUGGAAAUAA